UACUACCUCUUCGGAUCCCAAAUCUCACUUUUCUUUUCCUCUCUCUUUCUCUCUUUCUCUCUCCAAAAAUUUCUAUAUAUAAGACCUUUAAGUUUUACUGUUGUGAUACAUAGCCGAGUUCCAAAGCAAGAAAACAAAAGCUUUGUGCUUUCUUUCUCGCUGGUGUUCUGCAAUUUGCAAGAGCUAGUUGGUUUUCUUAUUUUUAUUUCUUUUGGUCCUUCUUGGGUAAACAAGUUUGCUUUGACUGCUUACUUAAAAAAGAGACAUGUCGAGCUGCAUCGAUGUUGCGCCUGAGCAACUCUGCUACAUCCCCUGCAACUUUUGCAAUAUCGUUCUUGCGGUCAGUGUUCCAUGCAGCAGCUUGUUGGACAUAGUGACCGUCCGAUGUGGGCACUGCACCAAUCUAUGGUCCGUGAACAUGGCCGCCGCUUUUCAGUCAAUGUCAUGGCAAGAUGCUCAGGCACCACACCACAUCACACCUGAUCACAGGAAUGACUACUCAAGCUCUUCCUCUUCCAAAUGCAACAGCAAGAUUGCAAUGCGAGCACCAAUAACCAACAACGCCACUGAGGAAAGGGUUGUGAAUCGACCUCCCGAGAAGAGGCAGCGAGUACCAUCUGCAUACAAUCAGUUCAUAAAAGAGGAGAUCCAGAGGAUCAAGGCCAAUAAUCCGGAUAUUAGCCACAGGGAAGCAUUUAGUACUGCAGCAAAAAAUUGGGCACACUUCCCUCAUAUUCAUUUCGGGCUGAUGUUGGAGACCAACAAUCAGGCUAAGCUGGACAAAGUAAGUUCUGAAAAGGGCCUCUGAGAAGCAUCUAACGUCAAGGGCUGCACUACUGAACAAAUGAAGGUUGUCUUGAUCCCUCAAGAUCCGGCAUAUCUAAGUUCUUCAAGUAAAAGAUAGCCUUGACUUUAUUCUGUUUCAAGGACAUUUUAACUCUAUCCUUUUUCAUUGUACUAGUGACCAGUUGUUUAGGGAUGUGAUUUACAAGGCUUUAAGUACGCUACUUUAUUCUUCAUCUUUAUCAACUUUCACUUCCUUAGAAGAUAAUGACUGAAAUAAAUUUAAGCAUUUUGUUAGA